CUCUUUAGGAUUUCAGGAGAAUCAACUGCCAGCAGCCUGCAAUGUGUUUAUACUUUUGUACAACAAACAUAUUUCCAAAGAUUUCUAACUAUAGAUACUUUCAUGGGACCUUAGCACUUUGCUGUUUAGAAGCAGCUGAGUGGAGCAAAGGAAGAGAGGUGGCUAUUGCAAACACAAGCAGCCAUACGGCACCUGCGUUUUCAGCUAAUAAAUGAGUCUGGUUAAAAGACCUGGCUGAUUUUAUACCCAAGCCAUCAAAUUAAACUGUCAAAAUAAAGCACAUAUCUGGUCAUUCUACUGCACCCAAAAAAUGCUAAAUGAUCAUGCAUCCUGGUACCACAACACAACAGAAACUGCAUGUGACAUUUGGAUCCAUGUAAAUAAAACACGUGUAGAUACUCCUAUUGUGCCAAUAUAAUCCAGAUCAUGAUGCAUCUCAGCACAAGAGCACAGCAAACUCCCUGAUCUGGCUUGUGCAUCCUGAUAAAUCCAGCCAAUUUUUGGCCUCAAUCCUCCUAAAUCUCUUGCAUAAAUAGAGAGGAAAUGUAGAUGCUCAUCUUACACCCAAAAAAACAAUACUGCCAUCAUUGCAUCUCAGAACAAAAGUGCUGCAAAAAGCUAGAUCCUAUUUGUGUUUCAAUCCGACAAAUUCCACUGCUUGAAUAGAGAUGUUCACCCACUCCUGCUGCACAUAUAAAUCCAGAGCUUGUGUCCCUAUGCAACUGCGCCACAAAAGGUUAGCUCUAGCAAUCAGAUUUUCCCCGAACCUGACAAAUGUUAGCCACACACUCAGAAAUUGCACCAUCAAAAUAGAGACAAAGUAUCACUGCUAUUAGCUGCAGAUACACUAAACUAAGACAGUAAAACUAAGGGAGGGGUGGGAAGACCAGGUGGGAUGCAACCAAAAAUGAGCUCGGCCCAGCAGGAUACAGGUGCUAGUGUCGCGCUUUUAGAGUUGGUUUGUGCCAGGAAGCGCAGUGAGUGCUGGCUUUGAGGGGUGUGGCGGGGGGGGGACUCUUUCUGCUCUAACAAACUUCCCAGCUGUGUAGGAGGCAGUGCAGCAGCCAAGUCAUCAUUCCCGCUGGCCUGUCACAUCCCCCACUACCCCCUCUGUGAGACUGACAGCCCUUUAAAACCAACAAAUCUCCAGGUCAUCAAAUGACAGGGCGGGUGCCGGAGGGUGUUGUGACUCCAGCAGCUGCCCGCUUUUCCUGCCUGCAGCAGCCGGGCAGGGGCGCUCUCCCCUCGGAGCUGCCGGCAGCAGGAGCAGCGCACACCUCCCCCGGCAGUGGCUUCCCAGGCAGAGAAGUUCCCGCAGCCCCAGCCGAGCAGAAGGAGGCGGCUCCUGCGAGCUUGGUGGGGGGAGGAGAGCGCAGAACUCUCCCUGCCUGGAGCUGCCGCUGCCUGGACCUCACCCCGCACCCCAGCCAGCCGCUCGCUCCCUCCCUCCUGCUCUGCGGAGCCGGCGCCGCCGCUGCAUGAGGCGCUCCGGGCUGGUCUUCGGGGCCACCUGUUCGGCUCUCCUCCAGCCCGCGCCCGCUCCCCCGGCCAUGAACGCCUCGCUGGGCAAUCAGACCGAGGCGGCGGGGCUCUUCUUCGCCAACAGCAGCGACUCCCUGGAGCGGGCCCUGCGCUGCUGCACCCAGGCCUCCGUGGUGACCGACAACGGCUUCGUGGUGACCGACCCGGACGAGAGGAGCGUCUACAUUAUGCGGGUGGUGCAGAUCGCGGUCAUGUGCGUCCUCUCGCUCACCGUGGUCUUCGGCAUCUUCUUCCUGGGCUGCAACCUGCUCAUCAAGUCCGAGGGGAUGAUCAACUUCUUGGUGAAGGACCGGAGACCCUCCAAAGAGGUGGAGGGGGUGGUGGUCGGGCCCUACUGACAGCCAGUGCCUCCCGCUGAGGAGCCGGCCAGGAAACAGGUGGCACUUGCCGCAGGCCCUCGCUGCUGCUGCAGCGGCCACGGGUGCCUUUUGUCCGAGCGGGGCAGCCCCACCCCGGGAAGGGGAGCGGAGGCGCCUCGGACCCGCUGCUGGCUUGCGGGCUUUGGCACUGCUUGCUGCCCGGGGACGCUCUGAUGCCAGCCCCGGUUCUCCCGCGGCUCCGGAGCAGGGCGACUGGAGGGGACGGACACAGCCCCAGCAAGGCAGUAAGGGCGCGUCUGCCUCUUGUGUCUGUUACGCGGCCGGAGCGGAGCCUUCUGCAGCGCCUUGUAUAUAGUGAUUGUGAUGCACUUCGCUGCUUGGUUUAAAAACAGAGGGGUGGGAAGGAAAUGCUGAUUGUCAAAUGUUAAUUCCUGUUUUAGAGAUUUUCUUUCCACGGAUUUUCAUACGUUUGAUAACAGCCAGGACGCUGGCUCGGUGGGACGCGGGUUGGCAGUUCGUUGCCACUAAACAAACACCACUAACAACCACUAUGUGAAUGUUUGAAGUUGUCUUUCUACUGUAGCUCUUUUGGUAGCCUGGGUCCGAGUCCGUAGUGCGCUUGCGGGAGCCGGCGAGCCUGGAGGCUGAGCCCUCGCUUCUUGUUUAUGAAUUUCACGGUUUACACGGCGAAAAGCUCUCGGGCGGGAACUGUCUUGGUUUGAUUUUUUUCUGAUUUCAUUUGCUUUAAUAAAUACAUCUUAAACUUUUA